AUGUUUGCUUUCGGGAACCAGAUUCUCACAGGUAUUCGUGCAAUACUUGAGCAAGAGCAGGUCCCGAGGCCCAUCCGCCACCAGACAUCUGUCCGUCGAGAGCAUGGCCUAGCUCAUCAACGUGUGUUCGAGGACUACUUGGCCGAAGAGCCUGGUGGGGACCGACGAUUUUUUGCCGACGGUUUAGGAUGCGGUGAGAACUGUUUCUCCGCAUUGUUCACGCGAUGGAGGCCUGCAACGAGUACUUCCAGCAACGGCAAGUUGCGGCCAACAGAAUCGGUCUAUCCCCGCUUACGAAGUGCACGGUUGCGCUACGCCAGUUGGCCUAUGGCACCACGGAAGACAUGUUCGACGAGUAUCUUCACAUCGAUGAUACAACUGGCCGGGAGUGUGGAAAAAUUCUGUGAGGGCGUGAUUGACGCCUUCGGCGCCACAUAUUUGCGCAAGCCGAAUGUCGAAGAUUGUCAGUUCCUGAUGAGGAUGCACGAUAGGGUGCACAGCUUUCCUGGAAUGUUAUGGAGCAUUGAUUACGACAACAUCAUAUGGGGUACUACUUAG